AUGGAGGCGCUGAGGGGGAGCUUGGCGGCGACGGCGAUGCCGGAGAGGCAGUGGACGGUGGUGGUGACGAAGGCGCCGAGCGUACUGACCCGAAGCCCUGACAACGUGAGACAGCAGGUGGAGGGGCUGCGGGAGGUGCUGCGCGCUGGCGAGGGCGCGGAGGGGGACGCGGCCGUCGCGAAAGCGAUACGCAGAAUGCCGGAAGUGCUGAACCUCUCGACCGAGAAUCUGCGGGCGAAGCGGCGUGCCUUGGAGGACAUUGUGGACGGGCUGCUGGGGGAGGUGCGGGAGGGUGCGGGGGUGUCGGGAGGGGGCGCGGGGGCGGCGGAGGCUGGGCAGAGCGAGGGGCGGAAGCAGCGCGGGGGGAGCCGGGCGCACUGGGCGAAGGCGGGUGCGAGUGUGGAGGGUGUGGCAACGAAGAUGAUCGGGAAGGCGCCAGGGCUGCUCACGGGUGGCGAGGAGACGGUGGCGGGGCGCGUGGGCAAGCUGAUGGAGCUGAUGGCGGGGAGGGUGGGGCGGGCGUGCGUGGCGGGCGCCAUCAUGUCGUGCCCGGAUUUGAUAUCGCGGUGCGGUAUAGAAACGGUGGGGCUGAAGUGGAGGAUGCUGGUGUGGGCGUGCGAGCGCACCGAGAGAUGGCGGGACUGGCUGGGCAGCGCGCCGGCGGGGAGCCUCGGGAUCGUGUUGAUGUCAGACCUGAAGAGCAUUGCGGUGCUGCUGGUGAUUGUGGACCUGGCGGAGGAGUGGGAGGCGGGGCUGGCGUCGGACGUGAGCGAGGAGGAGGCGGCGGUACGGGAGGCGGCGGCGCGGCUGAUGCGGAGGGCACCUACGGACCUGGUGAACAAGUCGAGGCUGGGGGCACCAGAAGAGGAGGGGCAGAAGAAGAAGAACAGGCCGCGGAAGAGUAGGAAACAGAAGAGCGUGCUGGAGGUGGAGGGCGUGGACGUGGAGGCGUUCUGGCGGGUGGUGAAGCCGCGGGCGAGGAAGUACGCGAAAGCAGCGCAGUGA